AUGACAAACACACCUUUUGCUGAAUCAUCAUCGUCACGACAAGCCGAAAUAGUAGCGGCACCAACGACAACAGCCGCAUCGUCGUCGUCUGACGGUACCAGACCCGGACUACAUCAUGAGCAAGACGAGGGAGGAGAACAAGAUCCAACAUCAGGCGAGGGCGGACGUGAAGGCGCAGGACCAAGAGCUAGCGAGAUCGAACACGACAAAGACACUCGUUUAAUUCCAGAAGACCAAGGUCACUCGGAGGUGGGAGCGCAAGGAACAAAAUCACAACAGCAGCCUCCCAUACAGUCUCCAGCACUUGCAGCAUCCAUAACUACGAAUGUAGCAGUAGAGCAACCACCCCAAGCGGAUGCUGACACAAUAACAAAUGGCAAUCCUGCAGCAACAACAAGUGCAUCCGGAGCCAGCGCACCUGCGCCGGCGCAGCCUCCAACUACAGCAACUACACAAACUUCUAGUGGUCCUAGUACGACAGCGACUCGGAUAGAACAGCAUCAGCAGCCGGGACAAGAUACAGAUGCAACAUCAACAAGGACCAUGUCAUCUCGCGACAAUAGUGCUGACUACACGGCUAACGGCGCUCUAGAGCCAGGAGAGGUGGACAUUGCGAGUGCCACAACAAGCAGUGCUCCUGGUGUCCCGAAAUCAGCAACAAGUCCAGGAGCUGCCUCAGCAAGCAUGAAGCAAGUAGAUGAAACAGUGUCGAGUGGAGUGGUGGAACAGGAGAAGGACGAGCAGGUACAAGUUACAAUUUCUCUGAAUGAGAAGAUUCUGAUUUCUUGUUUUUCUAGUAGAUAGUUUUAGUUUGGACGUGAAGACUCAUCGAAAUUCCGAAUCCAGUAUUGUCGCAUCUUCAAUUUCAAAUGAUCCAUUUCCACCUCUCACCUCCUUGUUUACUCACCACAUUCUGGCACGGCCGCGUCUUCAGGCUGUAAGACGUAAGAAACCACGCAUGCUGCGUUCAGAGCACGUGAGGGAGAAGGAAGCGAGCUCUUUUUUCGAGAAAUCGGGUGAAGGCGACAAAGCGGGUGAAAAGAAAGGCGACGAAGCGGCAGCGGCAGAGGGUGCUGGAGGUGAAGGAGCAAAAGAUUAAGAAUCCGUCGUGUGAUUAUAGUCUCCGUACUAGUUUGGGAAGUUCAAGAAGCUGUAGAGGUUGAAGCUGUAGUGGAUCCCUCCUACUAGUGUGCACAGUCAUGCAUUAGCACCUUUCUCUAACAAAGAGGCGCACCCGCAGCAGGGGAGAAUAAAGAUGGCGAGAAAAAAGCUGAGGAAGAUGCACCAAAGGCUGAGGGCGACGGCGAGAAAAAAGCUGAAGGGGACGCGAACAAGAAAGGUACUUGGUCGCACUUAAAUUUAAAUAUAAAUGCUUCAAGGAUACUUGUUGAUAGUUGCCCUUUUCUCUUUUAUAUCUUCCUCUGUCUGGUCUGUCUUUUUUCUAGUUAGGUCGGCUCCACCACAAAUAUAAAUGUUUCAUGAUAAAAGAUCAAUAUCAGGUUCUUCCUUACGACCUCCCCGUCUUCUAGUUUUAUCAAUAUCUUCUUCUCGUUGCUUGUUCUCCUUCUGCAAGCAAUCAUCUAUUGACUCACAGUCUCAUUUCUACUUAUAACAAAAUAACAGACGAAGAACAAGUCGCUUCCUGGUUCAUCCAACAAUCUCAAAAAAACACAGACGAAGAAGAAGGCGUUUCUUGGUUCUGGGUGGGAUUCGCUGUCGCUGUAGUGGUUUUGGUGCUCCUAGGUACUUUUGCGGCGUUGAGCACUCCUACGGGAACGCUCGAAACAGAAAGCGCACCAAUCGACGAGGAGGAUUAAGAAGAUCUUUAGUGAGUUAGGUGUAGGAUGGGGAUUGCGAUUGGUGGAGAAGGAGAGGGCUGCAGUGUAGCAAUAGGAGUAGAGGUCGAAGAGUAAGAAAUUGCGUAAUUGGUGCGCUAGGUCUCGGAGGGGAAGAAGAACGCAAAAAACGGCGUUUAAUGACGUUGACACAUACUUAUGUCAGGCCAUCUAGCAAUCUAGCUUAACUAAAAUUCCAAGAAAUGAGCCACACAGAAUUGAAAACGAAGUCGUGACUAUGCAGCAAGACCAAGAUCAACAUGCUAGCCUCGUCUACUAAUUUCAAACUGCAUCGAGAAUAACGAGCAGCACUAUGUUUUGCACAGCUUCGUCUCAUGUUGAUAAUGACCCAGAAAAUGAUAAUGAAUGAGGGCGCCGCUUCAUCAUUUAGAUUUUUGCCCACGAAAACUAACGACUAAGCAAAUGCGUCCUGUACUGUGCGUCGAUCUAGAAGAGUCCAGAAAUGAACGAAUGUGAGAAAGUAAGAAGUUGUGGCCAAAAAAGAAGAAACAAAGCAACGAACAACGUACAACGCGAAAACGUGUAUGAGUAUACGACUUGCGUGCCAAGACCUGACGCUCCUGCUGUGCUUGUUGUGGGAGGUGUUCAGGAAAGAAUAGAGCGUGGCGGCAUAGUUAAGAAUGAUCAAUCUAAGCCAUGAUGUGAAGAAAAGCGAAAA